GACCAGAGGUCAAAACCCAUUCCCUGCACUGGCAGGUGGAUUCAUAACCACUGGACCAUCAGGGAAGUCCUCAGCAGAGGUUUAUUGAAGAGCAGCCAUGGGCCAGACUCUUUGCUGUUGCAGGAGGUGCAGGGGGUGGGGGGUACAAGUGGCAGCUGAGGUCUUCUUUGUCUACUGUGGCUGGCACCAGGCUUGGUGCUGGGGAUCUGGUGGGACAAGCAGGUACUUGGUCGGUUCAGCCCAGGGCGUUUGUAACCUGGGGUGACCUGGAAGGAGGCGGCCAGGGGGCAAGGAAGUGACCUUGAACUCAGGGACAGGAGCUUCAGAGUUAACUUCACUGCUGAGAGCUGAGUUCUUGGCCAGGAAGCUGCCCCCAGCCCCAGAACAAGGCCUCCCUGAGGACUCGUUGGCUCCAGCCCCAGGAUGCUGUGGGGAGCAGGCUCCAUGCAGAGUCCACGCUUUUGCCUCAGAAUGGAGCCACAUGUCACGUGCAGACAUGGGGCAGUAAUCUGCCCAGGAGGAGACCGGACACUGGAAGGCAGGUGGGAGCCAGGCAGGCUGGGUGCAGACACCUGGGCUCAGGUGACUCAGGUGCACGGCUGCAGGGUCCAGGGGGUACAGAUGGGGGCUGCUGCCUGCAGCCAGCUGGCCAUCAUGUAGGGGAAGGGUGAGAGAUUCAAAGUCAACUGCCAGAAAUGAAAGGAAACAAACCUUUCCUUCAGGUAUUAAUUCAAAAAUAAUUCAGAGCCUGAGAGAGGGCUGGUUAUCACAGCAACAGAUAUCAACACUCGGUGACCCAUACUGGUCCUAGGUUCAGCUUACAGGUGUCUGGGAUUCUGUAGUUGCCGUUAUUGACUCAGUUGGGGUGUUUUGGGUGGUAGCUGGGGCCAAAACAAAGCUGGGGGAUGAUAUAAGACACCUGGCCAGCUCAGGUGCCAUGGCAACGGGCAGGCCUUCACCUGCCCUCUGCUGAUACCAUUUCAGUCUGGCCGCUCUGUUUGUCCUCAGCCCAGAGCAAAACCCAGGUGGGUGGGGGCGGGGCAGAGGGCCAGCCGGUCUGCAGCCGUCUCUACAAGGUUGGGGGGUGGGAGGCAGCACCUGGGGUUCCCAGAGGAAAGCUGGGGACAGAUGGCAUGCUGGGAGGCAGCUGAUCAAGUGGACAGGUCACAAGGGUCCCCUGCCCUGGAGCCCGUGGACCUCUCAAUGUGCGGGACAGGGGAGGGGGCCAGCCUGCCAUCGUCCCACAAGUCCAUGCUAGACUGGAGGGGAGACCCAGGCUCUGGACAUCCAGGUGGCUGAGGACUUUCUGGGGGUGGGGGAGGGUGGGAGGUUCCUCAGGGGAACGCCACCAUGGGCAAGUGCCCUUCCCCAGACGCCAUCUUCCUGGCACGUGUGCCCUUGCCCAGAACAGUGCCCGCCAUGCAGCGGGUACCAUGAGUGCCAGCUGGCCCACAGGGGAAGCUCACAGCUGAGUGGGGCUGUGUCCACAGGCUGCAAGUACAACCAGGUGAACAGCCACUUCCACUGCAUCCGGGAGGGCUGCCAGUUCUCCUUCCUCCUCAAGCACCAGAUGACCUCCCACGCCCGGAAGCACAUGCGGAGGAUGCUGGGGAAGAACUUCGAUCGCGUGCCCUCCUCCCAGGGCCCCCCAAGCCUGAUGGACACCGAGACGGAUGAGUACAUGGAUUAUACUGGCUGCAGCCCGGGCGCCAUGUCCUCCGAGUCCUCCACCAUGGACCGAAGCUGCUCCAGCACCCCUGUGGGCAAUGAGAGCACCGCGGCAGGGAACACCAUCUCCAUGCCGACAGCCUCCGGGGCCAAAAAGCGCUUCUGGAUCAUUGAGGACAUGUCUCCGUUCGGCAAGCGGCGCAAGACUGCUUCCUCGCGGAAGAUGUUGGACGAGGGCAUGAUGCUCGAGGGCUUCCGGCGCUUCGACCUAUACGAGGACUGCAAGGACGCGGCCUGCCAGUUCUCGCUCAAGGUCACCCACUACCAUUGCACGCGCGAGAACUGCGGCUACAAGUUCUGCGGGCGCACGCACAUGUACAAGCACGCGCAGCACCACGACCGCGUGGACAACCUGGUGCUGGACGACUUCAAGCGCUUCAAGGCCUCGCUCAGCUGCCACUUCGCCGACUGCCCCUUUUCGGGGAGCAGCACGCACUUCCACUGCCUGCGCUGCCGCUUCCGCUGCACCGACAGCACCAAGGUCACCGCGCACCGCAAGCACCACGGCAAGCAGGACGUGAUCAGCGCGGCGGGCUUCUGCCAGUUCAGCUCGAGCGCCGACUGCGGCGUGCCCGACUGCAAGUACAAGCUCAAGUGCUCGCACUUCCACUGCACCUACCCCGGCUGCCGCCAUACGGUCGUGGGCAUGUCGCAGAUGGACUCGCACAAGCGCAAGCACGAGAAGCAGGAGCGCGGCGAGCCGCCCGCCGCCUCCCCCGGCCCCGAGGGCCCUUCCCCGUAG